CGUCCGUCCGGGUUUUUCGUUCCUUCACGGUCUCUCUCGCCUCCAUCAGCACCCGUCGCUCAAAUCCACCUGCCGUCUUCCUUCUCCCCACCAGAGAACGAGUCCCGAACAUGGCCAGCAGCUUCUCCAGGAUCCUGUCCUCCGGACGCAGCCUCGGCUUCCUCUCGGUGGUCGGCGGCUCCCUGACCGCCGGAUUUCUGCUGCACCGGCAGCGCGUCAGCGCCGGAGCGCCGGGACGCAGGCUGUACCCCGCCAGCGCGGAGUACCCCGACCUGCGCAAACACAACAACUGCAUGGCCAGCCACCUGACGCCCGCCAUCUACGCCAAGCUGUGCGACAAGGCCACGCCCAGCGGCUACACGCUGGACCAGGCCAUCCAGACGGGCGUGGACAACCCCGGGCACCCUUUCAUCAAGACGGUCGGCAUGGUGGCCGGAGACGAGGAGUCCUACGAGGUUUUUGCGGACCUGCUGGACCCCGUCAUCAAAGAGCGACACAACGGCUACGACCCCCAAGUCAUGAAGCACCCCACCGACCUGGACGCCAGCAAGCUCCAUUCGGGCCACUUCGACGAGCGCUACGUGCUGUCGUCCCGGGUGAGGACCGGUCGCAGCAUCCGGGGGCUGAGCCUGCCCCCCGCCUGCACCCGAGCGGAGCGCAGGGAGGUGGAGCGCGUGGUGGUGGACGCCCUCGCCGGCCUCAAGGGCGACCUGGCCGGGAGGUACUACAGCCUGACCCAGAUGACGGAUCUGGAGCAGCAGCAACUCAUCGACGACCACUUCCUGUUCGACAAGCCGGUGUCCCCCCUGCUGACGUGUGCGGGAAUGGCCCGCGACUGGCCCGACGCCCGCGGGAUUUGGCACAACAAUGACAAGACCUUCCUGAUCUGGGUCAACGAGGAGGAUCACACCAGGGUCAUCUCCAUGGAGAAGGGAGGCAACAUGAAGCGAGUGUUCGAGAGGUUCUGCAGAGGCCUCAAGGAGGUGGAGCAUCUGAUCCAGGAGCGGGGCUGGGAGUUCAUGUGGAACGAGAGGCUGGGCUACAUCCUCACCUGCCCGUCCAACCUGGGCACCGGCCUGCGGGCGGGCGUCCACGUCAAGCUGCCGCUCCUGAGCAAGGACCCCCGCUUCACGAAGAUCCUGGACAAUCUGCGUCUGCAAAAGAGAGGGACGGGCGGCGUGGACACCGCGGCCGUGGGCGGAACCUUCGACAUCUCCAACCUGGACCGCCUGGGACAGUCCGAGGUCCAGCUGGUGCAGACGGUGGUGGACGGCGUCAACUACCUGGUGGAGUGCGAGAAGAGGCUGGAGAAAGGCCAGGACAUCAAGGUGCCCGCGCCCAUUAAGCAGUUCAAGUAGACCGCUUGACCCUCGCCCCCCCCCACCCCCCCACCCCCCCACCCCCAACCCUCGGUUCUCAACCCACCUCCUGGGCACUCGCAUGCCUGUAGCCAUAGAUAGAGCGGAAAUAUCUAUGUCGGUCUCGCAUUUAUUUUUGUGCUCUCCCGUAGCUAAUACUCCACUCACCUCUCGUUAUACAAAUAACGUAUAGAACACCCACGACAAGGGUUGCAAAAGGGUGGACAUUUUCCAGAAAGCGUCUGUUUAGUUUCCAUGAGAGGUUAAAAUGGGAUUUCUGGGAAUAGUAAGCAGAAAUAUCGAGCUGGUGCUCGUGACGUCACCGUUUUCACGGCGCCAUAUUGACGGUCAAAAAGAGCUGCUCGGCAGUGCGGGGGACGUUGGACCGGAUCAGAAUAUUCACAAUGCCCAACACUUGUAUUUAUAAUGCCAAGUUGGCUCACUUGAGAACAAUGCGGAUUUUAAAAAAAAAAAAUUGAGAGGCAGUCAUCUCCAACGUACACGGAAGCGUGUUGCGGCCACACAUUAAACUUCGGUAAACCCCUCCCCGACAGAUUAUUAUUAUUUUUUUUUAAAUAUGCAUUGUUCUCAAAUGAAAAAAGGAAAUAAACCGUCUGCUGCGGAGAGCUUUACGUAGGUUAACGUGUGGCUGCAACACGCUUCCGUGUACAGGGGCCGAAGCCUAUCCCGGUGGUUUAUAUUCUUUUUUAAAUACGCAUUGGACUCAUUUGAGAACAAUGAACCUUCGUUUAUUAUCACCUUCUAAAUGUUUAACGGUAUCGGACAAAACUCUGGGCGUCGUGCUAUGAGACAUAUUUUCGCGUCGUCUCCAACCGACGUAGCAUUGAAGAAUGCUUUGCUAGACCGGCAGUACGGCCAGUCACGUGACUUCGGUGACGUAGGUUCACGAGCUUUAUAUCAAUUUCUUUUAUGUCAUAAGAAGACAGCCAUGAAAAAUAAUACAUAACAAAGUCUCAUAUUUCAAGAGUAUGGUUUUUUUUUUGACCAAUCAGUAAUUUCAUUGCAGCGCAAAACAUGACUUGCAUAAAAUGUCUUACCUCCAUAAUCCGACCCAUUCAAAAAUGAUAAAAAUAUACACCCCCAUAUUAAAAAAAAACGCCAUAAAGUCCCAUUCGAAAUGCAAAUCAAGAAGAAUCUUGCUUCAAGCCUCACGUCUGCGGUUUUUGCUAAAUCUUUUCAGCAAAUGAGCUCCUAAUACCUAACUUGUCAGGAUUAUGCUAAAAUGUAUUAGAGACUCUAAAUUGCCCGUAGGUGCGAACGUGAGUGCGACUGGUUGAUUGCUUCUGCGAUUGGCUGGCGACCAAUUCAGGCUGGACCUCUCGCCCGAAGAUAGCUGGGGUAGGCUUCAGCACUCCCGCGACCCUCGUGAGGAUAAGCGGCAAAGAAAUGAAUGGGUGGAUAGAUAAUGGAGACUCUAAAUUGCCCAUAGGUGUGAAUGUGAGUGCAACUGGUUGUUUGUCUCCAUCUGCCCUGUGAUUGGAUGGCGACCAGUUCAUGCAGGACUUCUCGCCCGAAGAUAGCUGGGAUAGGCUCUAGCACUCCCGUGACCCUUGUGAGGAUAAGCGGCUGAGAAAAGGCAUGGGGGGAUGUAUUUUACUUGUGUGUAAAUUGUGAUGGCAACACACACGUUUUCCUGCCUAAAGUGAGUUGUCUGAACUUCCAACGUGGCGGCAUUUAUCUACCUCAUAGUCGACGGGAAAAGCUGAUAUCGCGUCCCUUGUUUUUUGUCUUCUACUCAAAAGCUGUGCUGAUCACAAAUCCAAAGCGGUGCAACGCCGCCAUCUCCAGGGAUGUGGUAGUCAUUACAGUAGUUUACAAACAUGAAUUUCACGGACAAGCUGCCCCACAAGUCCGACGAUUGAAAGACCUUCCCGGAAAACAGAGCGCACCUAGUGUUAAGCCUCGGUUCACAGAAAGAGUUUAACGCACGGGUCACCAACGCGGUGCCCGCGGGCGAACAGUGGCCCGCGAGGACCAUAUUAGGCGCCCGCGAGCUAUGUUCUAAAAAUACCAUGGGCCACAAAUUCCUAUUAUUUGUGCUUUAAAUUCAGAAUCUGACUUGCUUACAUGAAUUAGUAAGUAAGUAAGUAAGUAUCUUUCGGCUUGUCCCUUUCGGGGUCGCCACAGCGUGUCAUCUCAGAUGAACGCACAUAGAUGUUUGGCACAAUUUUUAUGCCGGAUGCCCUUCCUGACGCAACCCUUCUUAAAAUACCUGUAAUGCCAUUUACUACAAUAAAUUAAAACAAAAAUAUUUCAUGUACGUGCAAUGAACUGAGUCUGGAAUUUGCCACAAACAGGUCACGUAGCCCUUCGUACGAUCGGCGCUCACGAAGUAACCCUCGGGCUCAAAAAGGUUGCUGAGCCCAGGUUCGACGCUAGCGCGGCGGUGCUAACACUAACACGGCGGCGCUAAUGCUAACACGUUGGCGCUAAUGCUAACUAGCGGGGCGGUAUAUACGUCAGCGACAGUCAGCAGUGCGAUUGCAGUUCAUGAAUAAAAAUGAUUUCAAUUUUGCAAAUUCCUGGUUUAUUCCCGUUGGAAAGUUUCCAUCAUUUUGCAACCCCCCCACCACCACCACCACCACCCCCGACACACCAGAGCCACACACAAAAUCUGCGGUGGGGUUCGGUGGGAUUCAUUGCAUUUGUAAUCAUCACAAACAAUAAAAAGCUCCGCAAGCUUCUCCCGCUGAACCCAACCCGGUCUGGCUCCGUCACCCGACACCCCCCCCCCCACCCCAAACACCCGCAUCAUGCCGCCUGCUCGCCCACGUUAAUCAAAAAAUCGCCACCCGGUGCCCGCGCUGCUCAUCACGUGAAGUUGAUCUGAAUGUGACUCUUACAAAAAUGUAACGGUUCGUGUCUGUGCUCUGAGCCAUUGAAGCAAUAUCAUAGCAGUUUCAUCUCUGAAUGUC